AUCGCCGGCAUUGAUGAUAGAUUUUCCCCAAGCCAAACUGCUCAACUCGUCCAACAACCGGGGCCCAAGUUCAUCCCUUAUCCAAACCCACCACCAACUAAUUAUCGCCGAGCUCGUCAAAAUAACGAACCAUGGAAUCCCGUUCAGUACUACCCUUCCGCAAAAGUACCUAGUAUGGAUGUGGACAUGCAAGAUGUGCCAGAUUACGCUCACUCCCAGGAGGGCCGUGAGAAAGGAAGUGGAAGAACAGGUCCACUGUCUCAAGCACAAAGACAACAAGCUAGUGAGGUUCGAAGAAUGGGCGCGUGUCUCCGCUGCCAGAUCAUGAGAGAAAAGUGUGAUCUGAAAAUACCUUGCCAUACAUGCGAGACCAAAGACCGCCGCAAGUUUCCCAAGAAAUGCAUCCGGACUGAUUUCGACUGGGACAGCCAUCGGACCACCUGCUUUCCUGACGAAUUGACAUUCCGACUUAAGCAAGAAAAACUAUUCCAACACCUCUCCUUACAAUCGUUUAACGUUCCUGAUCGGCCAUCAUUCACGGUGCAAUUGGAUCUCAGCAUCGAGGACAAACUGUGGGUAGUUGUUAAAGAAUUUACCCCCUUGCAGAAUUCCAUUCGCCAUGGACACCGUUCGAUAGAGGACGAAGACGGUAACAAAUCAUACCAGCGUCUGCGGAUCUGGGACCCUCCAAUCAUCAUGCGCAUCCGGGAUGGCGAUCUACCAGCUACCAUCAUCUCAAUGCGCCAAAAGUUGAAUGCUUUAUUCAACAACAUUCUAUCAGAGGAACGCAAAUGGGUCAACUGGACCAUGAAAUAUUUCUUCCAUGCCGAGGAAGACUUCCAAUGCAGCAUGAUCAUCUGGAUCGGGAAGUAUUACAGAAAAGACAUCGAAGAGCACUCGAUUUUGUCAUCAGCAUUGAGCUUGCUGUGGUGGGAAUACCUUCUCUUGAAUAAAUUCACCGUCGCUGAAGAGGACGUGGCAAAUCUCGAGAGACACCUGGACGCGAGGCGUCCCGAGGGAGGCGAACAUUUCCCUGCUGUCCCUGACACCAUCAACCGGUUCCUCAAAGCCAUCAUCUUACCCAUGGCGAUCGACACAGCCAAGAAAAUCACCGAGGAACUGCACGAACGCCUGUUCAAGAUGGCAGUCAGUCAAAAGCUCAGCCAAUCCGGCACCGACAUCACCAUGUGCCUGAUGUUUGUGCUGAUGAUUUUUAUGGGUGCCGUGCAGUCGACACUACUUCUCCUACCAGAUAUCCCCGCGGAAGAAAUGGAGAGGGUCUACAAUCUGGACAUGGCCAAGGUCAAGAUCCUCGAGAUCGAAGAAUCCAUCAUCGAGCUGUGGACCUCGUUCCACAGAUAUACGUUAAGCCGACGCGGCGGCGCAACCUCGAAAUCCACCCUGACCGCCAAAGAACUCAACUCGAGGGCCGAGGUCCACGCCCGCGCCUUCGACCUCGUGGGCAAGAUGAAGAAGGAGAUCGAGGACGAUUACGUGAACGAGAGACUUUCCGAUCUGACCGUCGGCGCGAACGGCGGCUACAAGCUCGACGGCUUCAGAGCGACCAACAUCACGCGCCUCUGCUGGAAGGUUUGGACCAAUGUCGAGACU